AGCGUACCGCUACGUGGCAUCUGAUUGUUAGUAACACUAUAAUUAGAUGUGAUCUCGUUGCUUGGUGUUGGGAAAACUACGUAACGUUUUAGCAAUCUAAUUUAAUUACAGUCGCAACAUGAACUUGAAAAAUAGACACAGCACACUUAUUAAUCGAUGUAAACUUUUCAGGUUUUAGUAAUGAGAACUGCAGCUGAAAUAAUAAAAAUAACCAAGGAAGCAAAGAGUUAAGGGGGAAUCCAAAAGUCGAAUUUUAAUUCUUAAGGACUGCGUCUGCCCAUCUUAUAAAACACUUUUUUAAAACAGCGAAUGACCUUAAAGAUGAAAGUAAAAUAUUGGAUUGCACAAAUCACACACUCAUGAAAUGAUACAUCAUUGCAUGUUGGCUGUAGACAUUUCGUAGGCCCUCAUUAAGGGCGAAUUACGCAGUUUACAUCCAUUUAUACAGCAAUAUGUGAACGGAAGCAAUUCGCUAGUACAUCGCUCACACGUGCAACUAUUAUGCCCUGCCCGUGAAUCAGUAAAGUAUUUUGUCUCCAUUGAAACAGUUUUUUUAGCCUUCAUUUGAAAAUGGGAUACUGCCUCUGGCUGCUGGUGCUCGCGCUGACCUGCCAUCGUGCCCAGGCUGCACCCAAAGGCGUCACUGCCAGCCUGAACGCCAAGUGGCCCGUCACACCUCUUCUGCUGGAGACGAGUGAAUUUAUUGCAGAAGAUGGUGAAGAAAAAUUCUGGCAGUUUGUCGAGACUGUGAAAGAAUUAACAGUGUACAAGAAUGGUGAGUCCAUUCGCACGUAUUACAACCUGAUCAUCAAGAAGGCGGGCCAGUUUGUGUCCGACCUGCAGGUCAGCCUCCUGAAGUUCUCCCUGUCCCUGAGGGCCUUCUCACCUGCGGUGCACGCAUUCCAACAGAUAGCCAAUGACGAGCCGCCACCCGAAGGCUGCUCCGCCUUCGUCGCCGUCCACGGCCAACACACCUGCAGCACUAAGGAGGUGAAGAAGCUUCUGAAGGCAGCAGCAGGCAGGCCGAAGCCGUACCUGUAUAAGAUGGACCACCGGUACCCGGGAGGUAACGUGACUGAACUACCCGUGGCCAUUCUCUACGCCGAAAUCGGCACCAAAAAGUUCAACACCUUCCACAAGCUUCUGUCUGAGAAGGCUAGAGAGCAAAAGCUAGUCUACGUCCUGCGCCACUUUGUACAGGAAGAGAAGGUGGGAAAGAUGCGGCUAUCUGGAUAUGGGGUUGAACUGGCCAUCAAAAGCACCGAGUACAAAGCAGUGGAUGAUACACAAGUGAAAGAUUCAAAAGCUGCGCCAAAUGCUGAGGAAGAUGAAAAUGAUGAAGUUCAGGGCUUUCUGUUCUGGAAAUUAAAGAAGUCAUACCCUGAGUUACAGAAGCAGCUGGGAGAGUUUCAGAAACACCUGCUGGAGAGCAGCAAUGACAUGGCGCCUCUCAAAGUGUGGGAGCUGCAAGAUCUGAGUUUCCAGGCAGCUGCCAGAAUCAUGUCUGCAACCAAGUUUGACGCCCUGAAGCUACUGAGGGACAUCAGCCAGAACUUCCCCUCUCAGGCCAGAUCCCUGACCAGAGUGGCCGUAAACCAGGAGAUGAGGAGAGAAAUCGAGGGAAAUCAAAAGGUUCUGACCGAAACAUUGGGGAUUCAGCCAGGGGACGCGAGCCUGUUUAUCAACGGCCUCCACGUGGAUCUGGAUGUUCACAACCCCUUCAGCAUUUUGGACAUGAUCCGAGGGGAGGCCCGGGUCCUGGAGGGCCUGUUCAGCCUGGGCCUGAAGGGCGAGGCGCAGAGCCGGCUGCUCAGGCUGCCCGUGCAUCCCCAGGAGGACGGCUACGCCCUGGACAUCCGCCACCCCGCCGUGACUUGGAUCAACGACAUGGAGACGGACCCCGCCUACCGCGGCUGGCCCUCCAGCCUGCAGGAGCUGCUCCGCGCCACCUUCCCUGGCGUCAUCCGCCAGAUACGCCGUAACCUCUUCAACCUGGUGCUGUUCAUCGACCCGGCGCACGAGGACACGGCGGAGCUGGUGAGGCUGGCCGAGCUCUUCUACUCACACAAGGUUCCCCUCAGGAUCGGGUUUGUUUUUGUCGUCAGCUCUGAUGACAAAGCCGACGGUUAUGUGGAUGCAGGAGUGGCUUUGUUCAGAGUGCUGAGCUACAUCGCUGACGAGUACGACUUCUCCCAGGCCUUCCUGUCCAUGGUGUCUAUAUACAGCCGAGUGGAGGCGGGAGAGACUCUGUCUGUCGAGACGGUGGCUGCCUACCUGAAGAAGAAGUUCCCAAAUGCCAACGCCGCCAAGAUCCUCGGGCCGGAGUCUCUGUAUGACGACAGAAGAAAGGCUGGAAGCGUGUUCUACAGGAAGAGUGGGCUGGGCCCCCUUCCCCUGGCCCUCUUUAAUGGGGUCCCCCUGAGCAGCGAGGAGAUGGACCCCGAUGAGCUGGAGACCAUCCUGCUGCAGCGCAUCAUGGACGCCACCAACUUCUUCCAGAGAGCCGUUGUCAUGGGUCAGCUGAGCGAUGAGGCGGACGUGGUGGACUUCCUGAUGGAUCAGCCCAACGUGGUGCCUCGCAUAAACCCCCUCAUCCUGAGCACGGAGCGGAGGUACCUGGACUUCACCGCCUCUCCAGUUGUGAACGAGUGGGAUGACUCAAGUAUGUUCUCCUAUCUGGAUUCCAAGGACAAGACUGCCGUCCUCUCUGCCAACAUGAAAUAUCUGACCAAAACUGAUGAGGAGGUGGUUUAUGGAGAAACCAUCUGGAUUAUUGUGGAUUUGGCGGUGCCAGCAGGGAGGAGGCUGUUGGCUAACGCUGUGAAGCAUAUGAAGUCCAGCCCGAACGCGCGCGUGGGAGUGAUCGCCAACCCCGCUUCCAAGCUGACGGAGGAGAGCACCGUGAUUGGCCGUGCCAUCUGGGCGUCGCUCCUGACCCAGAAGGCCAAGGACACGUUUAAUUUUGUCCAGAAGCUAGUGAAAGAGGAGACCAUCCAGCUCGUCCAGCAGGGAACCAAGAUAAAGGAUCUGCUUCCACAGGGGAUGGACCAGGACAGCUUUGAGAAGAAGCUCAACACCAUGGAGCUGGGCUUCCUCCACAGCCAGCAGCUCUUCUGCCGGGACGUCCUGAAGCUGAAGCCGGGGCAGCGGGCGGUGGUCAGCAACGGCAGGAUUUUGGGGCCGUUUGACGAGGAGGAGGAGUUUGGCUUGGAGGACUUCCAUUUGCUGGAGAAGAUCACGCUCGGCACCUCGGCCCAGAAGAUCAAAGCCCAGGUCAAGCAGACGGGCGCCAAAGGGAGACAGGCCAGUGAUUUGGUGAUGAAGGUCGACGCCCUCCUGACCGCAGCCCCCAAAGGAGAGCCCCGGAGAGACGUCAAGUUCGCCAAGGACAAGUUCAGUGUGCUCCACCUGUCUCCGCGGGAGGAGGAGGUGUUCUACGACGUGGUGGCGGUGGUGGACCCCCUCACCAGAGAGGCCCAGAAGAUGUCCGCCCUGCUGAUCGUGCUGAGCCGUGUGAUCAAUAUGAACCUGCGGUUGUUCAUGAACUGCCGGGCAAAGCACUCUGAGACACCCCUGAAGAGUUUCUACCGCUUCGUGCUAGAGUCGGACGUGGCGUUCCUGGCGAACAACACCCUUUCGGCCGGCCCCAUGGCCCACUUCGCCGACAUGCCCGAGUCGCCGCUGCUCACCCUCAACAUGAUCACCCCCGAGAACUGGAUGGUGGAGGCGGUCCGGAGCUCCUACGACCUGGACAACAUCCACCUGCAGGAGGUGAGUGGCUCAGUGACUGCGGAGUACGAGCUGGAGUACCUGCUGCUGGAGGGGCACUGCUUUGACCUCUCCACGGGGCAGCCCCCCCGCGGCCUGCAGUUCAUCCUGGGGACCAGGAACGACCCCCUGGUGCAGGACACCAUCGUCAUGGCAAACCUGGGCUACUUCCAGCUGAAGGCCAACCCUGGGGCCUGGGUGCUGAAGCUCAGAGAGGGCCGGUCUGAGGAGAUCUACCAGAUACUCGCGCAUGACGGUACAGACUCCUCAGCAGAGGCGGGUGAUGUCAUUGUUGUGCUCAGUAGUUUCCUCAGCAAAAUCAUCAAAGUCAGGGUGCAGAAAAAGGCUGACAAACUGAGUGAGGAUCUCCUUAGCGACGGUACAGAGAGCAAAGGACUUUGGGAAUCCAUAACAAGUCUGACCGGUGGGAGGUCAGAAGACGGGCAGAAGAAGGACGUGUUGAACAUCUUCUCGCUGGCCUCGGGCCAUCUGUACGAGCGCUUCCUGAGAAUAAUGAUGCUCUCUGUGCUGAAGCACACCAAAACGCCUGUCAAGUUCUGGUUCCUCAAGAACUACCUCUCCCCUUCCUUCAAGGAGUCCAUCCCCCGCAUGGCUGAGUCCUAUGGCUUCAGAUAUGAGCUGGUUCAGUAUAAGUGGCCCCGCUGGCUGCACCCGCAGACGGAGAAGCAGCGCACCAUCUGGGGCUACAAGAUCCUCUUCCUGGACGUGCUGUUCCCGCUGGCCGUCGACAAGAUCAUCUUCGUGGACGCCGACCAGAUUGUGAGGGCGGACCUCACUGAACUCAGGGACCUGGAUUUGGAGGGCGCCCCCUAUGGGUACACCCCCUUCUGCGACAGCCGGAAAGAGAUGGACGGCUACCGCUUCUGGAAAUCCGGGUACUGGGCCUCCCACCUGGGGAACAGGAAAUACCAUAUAAGUGCUCUGUACGUGGUGGACCUGAAGAAGUUCCGGAAGAUCGCUGCCGGGGACCGGCUGCGUGGGCAGUACCAGGCCCUGAGCCAGGACCCCAACAGCCUGUCCAACCUGGACCAGGACCUCCCCAACAACAUGAUCCACCAGGUGGCGAUAAAGUCCCUGCCUCAGGAGUGGCUGUGGUGCGAGACCUGGUGUGACGACACAUCGAAGGCCAAAGCCAAGACCAUCGACCUGUGUAAUAACCCCAGGACUAAGGAGCCGAAGCUGACCGCGGCAGUGAGGAUCGUGCCGGAGUGGGCGGAGUACGACAGAGCCGUAAAGCGCCUGCUAAAGAGCGUCCAGGACGCCGCAGAGGCCAAAGGUCAUCCUUCAUCAGCGCCACACAAAGAAGGCUUGCGGCGUGACGAACUUUAGCAGCCGUCUCUGGUCAAGCCGAACAGGGAACAGCGCGAUGUUGCACUUUAUCCUUCAGUGGAUAGCCUCAAGACUGAAGACCGAAGAUUUCUGCUUCUGUUAAAAAAAAAAAGAAAAAGGAAAAAAAAGACACACAAACAUUGCCAAGAAGUAUUAAUCACAGAGUUUCAAAGAUGUAUAUGUGCAAGAGAAAUACUUACAUGUUUUGUUACAGGUUUAAUAGUUUUCUAAAUAAAGGGAGUACUUUAUUGGGGGCAGCACUGUGCUUUAACCCUUUCCUGGCUGAUCAAAGCCAGGGACAGAGGUUUAGGAGCAGGAGAGGGGGUGAUGUGGACAGUCUGUGGACUGCAGUGCCCACAGAGCAUGAACAGGCUGCGUCUGUCUAUCUGUCUGUCUGUCUCUCUGUCUCACAACCAGAACAAAGACAUUUAUUGCACUGAUACAGCAAAUGGGACAGGUAGCCGGUCCUCUUCGUUUCCACGGCAACAAGACCCUUUACCAAAUUGAAGUGACUGAUUGAGGGCAUCAAAAUGUUGUUGUGGGGGGUGGGGUGAUGGGGGGGCUGAUGGGAAAGAGGGAUGUCAGUGCAUUUAAACUUGUCUAUGUUAGGUUUAUUUAUUUUUCGUUAUAUAUAUUUUUUGUCAUUUUAAAUCCUGUGCCAGUACAGUGAUUGAUCUUUCCCUUCUGUCACAGCUGAACUGUCUUCAACAUGUGUCUGCUGGAGCAGCCAAGUUACUGACAUUAUUACAGACAUACGUACUUUAUGCAGCUGACAUUCAUAAUGUCAGGAGAAGAAAAUCAUAUUUUUACGCCCUCAAGGCUGUGGUCCAGCAAGGCUUUGGCGAGUGGUACUGGUGGGUGGUCUACCAAUCAGUGACACAGGCAAACCGAAAAAACUGACCCUUCUGGUGACACUGAAACACUACGGGGCCGUGUAGUGAGUCUGAUUUAACAUGAUCAUUCUGAGUCUCUCUCUCUUUACCAGGGAGGGGGGAAAAUCUUGCCAUUGCAAAUUGUCACAUAUAAGAGGAAGACAAUCCUUAAGUGUAUACCAAAACCUUUACAAGUCUAAAGGUUGUUUAAUUCUUAUGUUCCAACCUAAUUUCGAAGGAGCUCAUUCCAUGUGUAGCGUGUGCAGCUAGGACAGCUACGAUCAGGCAUUCCAAUAUUGUGGGGAAGUACUAAAUAAUAGUGAUGAUAAUAAUAAAGAGCAGGACCAGUCGCUUUUUACGCACAGACGAUCUCUUCAGUGAGGUGGAGUAUGCUGAUGCAUGCCAGCCAUUUCCAUGUCCCAUUGUAAGAUUGCAGAAUUGGAACAGAUGCUGUAGUUUGAUACUUUUGUGCAUUUUAAUUGCCUUGAAGUCUAAGGAAUUGUGUUUUCUCAGGAAUAAAAUGUAUGGAUUCUG